AAGUACUUCUUCUCUCCUUUUCUUUACGUCGAUCGUUUCUCUCUCUCAGACGCUCACACACUCUGGAAACUUCUGUAGAAAAUCAACAAUUGUUUAUCGAGGACUGGGUCGCAAAUCACAAUUGAUAUAAGCCACACGAGACUGAUUUUUCAGUGGUUUACCGAGUGGAGAUUCUUCUUCAAGAUUUUGGUAUAAAUAGUAGGGCAGUGUUUGAGUUGGAAUUUGAAAAUGUCAGUGUCAAGCGCAUCAAGUUCAGUUGGGAGGAAGCCUGUAAAACGCGGAGGCGGAAUGUCUACUGUUUUGUCAAUUGCAAAUGAUCUUGGUUUUUCAGUGUCUACGACGUCCUCCCGGGGAGGACUGCAGAAUUCAUCUCCAACAACUACGGAAAAGGACGAGGACUUGAUCAAGGUUUUGAGAGAACUGGCCGCCAUCCAAAGAAAAAUAGCAGAUUUGGAAAUUGAACUCCAACGUCGAAAGGAUGAUGAAACUUCUGGAUAUUUGACAUGUGUGAGUGAAAUGGAGAAGAAGAUUGAGACGUUGUCGAGGAUUACUACUAUUCUCAAAGAUUUUAUUCAGAAUAAGGAUCGCAUAAUAGCCCGUCUGCAGCAACCAUAUUCCCAACAUUGUGUUCCUGUUGAAGUAGAAUAUCAGAGACAAUUCUCUGAGCUACUGAAGAAGGCAGCUAGCGACUAUGGUACCUUGACAGCAUCCCUGUCAGAUUUGCAUUGGAGUAGGAAUUUUAAGGAACCUCCUUCAGUUUGGGGGGAAAUGCUUCGACCUAUUCCUGUAGCUUUGGCAUAUUGCACUCGCUACUUUGAAGCCAUGUCUGCCACAAGAGAAUCAUUUGUGGCACUUCAAAAACUAAGAGAGGGCAAUUUUGAUUCUUCUCAACCCAGGACACCCACAAGUGAUUCUUCUCAACCCAGAACACCCACAAGUGAUUCUUCUCAAAUACUACGUGGUGUUUCUGAUUGUCUUACUCCAUUUACAUCACAGUAAUUGUACAAGAUAAAGGAACCUGUGUUGCCCUCGCCUAGUUAAACAAUAGUGUUAAGUAGUUAUCCAACAUCCCUGCAUCUUUCUUGUCAUAUAUCAUACUCAUGUGCAUAUCAUUAUCAAUUAAUACAUAGUUUCAAAAUUUAA